AUGUUUCAGAGUGUCAUAGCUAUAACGAGCAGGCACCGGCAGACAGCGGAUGAGGAACUCGCGUCGCCCGAAUGUAGGCGACCACGAGCCCUGGAAGACGAUGUCCAGGCGCCCCGGAUGUUCUUCUCAACUCCAUCUGGCACGAGCGCGGUACCCAUUGGGAGGCGUAAUUUCGUCUUUCUCAGCCUGUCGGUGCUGAUCGCCGUGUCAAUUACAUUCCCUCUUGUCUCUCUCUCUUAUCGCAGGUACUUCGCCGUGGUGCGGCCCUUGUGGGCGCGGUUGCCGCGCUGGCUCGCACUGACCGCCGUGUGCGGGGUGUGGACCGCCUCGGCAUUGCUCUCUCUGCCGAACUUGCUCUACUCCCGAACCCGGUCGUACCGCUACGCUGACGGGAGCGUCCGCACGGUCUGCCUGCUCAUGUGGCCGGACGGACCCGCUUAUAUGUCGCACACAGACUACGUGUACAACGUGUUGUUCCUCGUGCUGACCUACGUGGUUCCAGUCAUUACCAUGGUGGUCACCUACACCGGCAUGGGCGUUGUUCUGUGGGGAAGCCGAGGAAUAGGAGAGUCCACUGAGAGACAGCAGAACGUCUUGCAAGCAAAACGGAAGGUCGUGCGCAUGUUGAUAGCCGUGGUGACCUUGUUCAGUGUGAGCUGGCUUCCCUACAACGCAUACUUCGUGUACGUUUCGCACAACCCGCACGUGGCAUACCUGGACCACAUCCAGCACGUGUACCUGGCAAUGUACUGGCUCGCCAUGUCCCACACGAUGUGCAACCCCAUCGUGUAUUACUGCAUGAACAAAAGGCUUACAAAACAAAUCGGUGAGCUUUCGUUUGCACAAGUCCCAGCUGACGAGUUCUUCUACGUCGGUCUCAACCCAGACGCCGACGAGGUAAAAGGCCAGGCUAGCGAGAAUGACGGCCUGGUCCCAGUCCUCCGGCGGUUUAGGAGAGGGGCAGCAUUUUGCAACCCCAUCGGCCUCCCAAAUGGGCGAGCAUGGUUUGCCUCGCAUGCCAUCGUCUCUGGGGAUGUGUUCCUGCUCGGGUUCCGGUCCGCUGAGUAA